AUGACUCAGUUUUUGAACAAAAUUGUGCAUAGAAAUUUCAGUAUUUUGUUAUUGUUACUUAAAAUAUAUUUGCUAUACAUAUAUAAGAUAUUUAUGGUUAAUUUGAUUUCACCGAAAGAGUUAAUAUCAUUGUAUUUUAAUUUAACAUUUUUUUGUUAAAAACUACUAAUUAUUUUAAAUAGUAUAAGUAAUUUUCUUAAAAUUAAAAUAAUCAUGUCUUUUAAUUUCCCAGCUUUUACUUACAUAGUUGCUAUGAUAUCUGAUGCUUUUCUGAUAUUUUUCUCAAUAUUUCAUGUUAUAGCAUUUGACGAACUUAAAUCUGAUAACAAAAAUCCUAUUGAUCAAUGUAACAGCUUAAAUCCGUUGGUGAUUCCAGAAUACUUGCUUCAUUUUAUUUUUAACUUUUUAUUCUUAUUUGCUGGACAAUGGUUUUCAAUUAUUAUUAAUAUUCCUUUGAUGGUUUAUCAUUUCAACAAAUACAGAAACAGACCUAUUGGCAUGUCUGGUUUUGGCCUAUAUGACCCAACCAGUAUAAUGAAUGCAGACAAAUUGAAUACAUAUCAACGUGAAGGAUGGAUAAAAUUGGCAUUUUAUUUAUUUUCUUUCUUUUUCUAUUUAUAUGGAAUGAUUCGAGCUUUGAUAUCAGUAUAAAUUCAAAAUAUUUUAUUAGAAAAUUGAGUUCAAUCAAACUAUCUUUGCUCAAUAAAUUGAAUGAACAACCAAAAAAAACUUAUUUUUGUAUCUGUUUGUAAUUUUAUCUUGUACAUUAAAUUCAUUGUAAUGUAAAAAAAGGUUCAAACAAAUAAUAAUUUACUAUCUCUAUAAAAUUUUGUAUUAUAAUUUCUAUUUAUUAAUUUUUUACAUUUUUUUUUUUAUAAACUAAUACAUUGAUAUCAUAAGUAAUUUACUUUUCUUAUAAGGUAAUUUUAAAUUAUAAAAUAUAUGUUAUUUUUG